AUGCUAAAUUUACUCACAAAAUUUGAAUCCAAAUCCAACAGAGUUAAAGGCGUGGCAUUCCACCCGACCCAGCCGUUGCUCGCUGCGAGUCUCCACAACGGCUCAAUACAGCUGUGGAAUUAUCAGAUGGGCACCCUGGUCGAUAGGUUCGAUCAGCACGAUGGUCCAGUACGUGGUAUCUCGUUCCACAACACACAGCCGCUUCUCGCAAGCGGCGGCGACGAUUACAAGGUUAAAGUGUGGAACUACAAGACGCGUCGCUGCCUGUUCACCCUCCACGGCCACUUGGACUACGUGCGCACCGUCUUCUUCCACCACACCCACCCGUGGAUCCUCACCGCGUCGGACGACCAGACUAUUAGGAUUUGGAACUGGCAGUCGAGGACCUGUAUCGCGAUCCUCACCGGCCACAAUCACUACAUCAUGUGUGCGCAGUGGCAUCCUACCGACGAUCUCGUCGUUUCCGCCUCCAUGGACCAGACCGUUCGUGUCUGGGAUAUCUCCGGCCUCAGGAAGAAGAACACCACCGCUUUCCCCAUGUCUUUAGAGGAGCAGAUGCAAAGAGCCAACGCUGGGCAGUCUGACUUGUUUGGCAGUAUGGACGCUACCACCAAAUUCGUGUUAGAAGGCCAUGACCGCGGUGUCAACUGGGUCACCUUCCACCCUUCUCUCCCUCUCAUCCUCUCGGCUGGCGACGAUCGCCAAAUCAAGCUUUGGAGAAUGUCUGAUACCAAGGCCUGGGAAGUCGAUACCUGCCGUGGCCACUUUAACAACGUCUCAUCCGCCCUCUUCCACCCACGUCACGAGCUCAUUAUCUCAAACGGCGAGGACAAAACUAUCAGGGUCUGGGAUAUGUCUAAACGCGCCGCUGUUCAGACCUUUAGAAGGGAACACGAUAGGUUCUGGGUUCUCACUGUUCACCCAGAGCUCAACCUCUUCGCUGCUGGUCAUGACAACGGUCUCAUCGUCUUCAAACUCGAGCGUGAAAGGCCCGCGUUUUCUCUUCACCAAAACACGCUCUACUAUGUCCGUGACAAGGUUAUUCGCCAGCACGACUUGUCUACUGGCUCUGAUGCUGCAUUGCUCUCUAUCAAGAAGCUCGGCAAUGCUUACACUCCACCUCGUUCCCUCAGUUUUAACCCAGCCGAGAAAGGUGUGCUUGUCGCAUCUCCAGCAGAUGGCGGUUCUUAUGAUUUGGCUACUCUCCCUAGAUAUCUCCCUAAUGAGAACGAUUUGCCUGACUCGUCUAUUGAUGGUAAGCGCGGAGCCGGUCAAAACGCUGUGUUUGUGGCACGCAACAGAAUCGCAGUACUCAACAAGGAAGAUCAAUCCAUCGAAAUCAGAGAUUUGAGUAACAACAUGACCAAAUCUGUCAAGUGCCCCGUUCAAACAAAUGAAAUCUUUUACGGUGGCACUGCAACCCUUAUCCUCGCAGGUCCAACUCAGGUUGUUUUGUUCGAAAUUCAACAACAAAAGAUUUUAUCCGAGCUUAAUUGUCCACCUGUCAAGUAUGUUGUCUGGAGUGCUGACGGUUCAAUGGUUGCUUUGCUCAGCAAGCACACAAUCACUUUGACCAAUAAAACUCUUACAUCAAGUAGUCUCAUCCAUGAAACCAUCAGAAUCAAGAGUGCUUCAUUUGAUGAGAAUGGAAUAUUAAUUUACACCACUCUCAACCAUAUCAAGUACGCUUUACCACAAGGUGACAAUGGCAUCAUCAAGACACUACAACAACCUGUCUACCUUGUGAAGGUUAAAGGCAAAACCGCUUACUGUCUUGAUCGUUCAGCUAAACCAAGACAAAUUGAGAUUGAUCCAACUGAAUACAGAUUCAAAUUGGCCCUUAUUAAAGGAAAGUAUGAUGAAGUAUUGCACAUUAUUAGAACAAGCACUCUAGUCGGUCAAAGUAUUAUAGCUUACCUUCAAAGAAAAGGUUAUCCUGAGAUUGCACUACACUUUGUACAAGACAAAUCUACCAGGUUUGAUCUCGCUAUUGAAUGUGGCAACUUGGAUGUCGCUCUCGAGGAAGCCAAAGGUAUUGACAGAGAAGACGUAUGGGAGCGCUUGAGUCAACAAGCUCUCAAACAGGGUAAUCACAAGAUUGUUGAAAUCGCAUACCAAAAAACGAAGAACUUUGAUAAGUUAUCUUUCUUAUACCUCACAACUGGACAUGCGGAAAAGCUGAAGAAAAUGCAGAAGAUUGCUGACAUGCGCGGUGAUCAAAUGUCUAGAUUCCACAACUCUCUUUACCUUGGUGAUGCGGAAGCACGCGCAAGAAUACUGAUAGACGUCGGAAUGCUUCCAUUAGCAUACAUGACAGCCAAAUCGAAUGGAUUAAAUGAUCUUGCCGAUGAAAUUGCGGGUAUGAAAGGUGUAGACCAAGGUAAAUUGGCUAAGAUACCUGCUACUCAAAGUCAGUUACAGCCACCGGCAGUGGUACACAAGACAUACGAAGAGAACUGGCCAUCACUCAGCAGUCAAGAAAGCUACUUUGACAAGGCAUUAGAGAAGGUGCUUGAUCAAGCUGAAGAUGUGAACGAAUUGGACACGCUGGAUGAAUGGGCAAACCCAGAAGAAUACGUUGGUGGAGCUGAUGCACCAAUGGACGAAGGAGUUGUGGAACAGGCAGAAGAGGGUGAUGCUUGGGAUCUCAGUGACGAAGACGUUCCAGUUGAAGAGCCCGAAGAAGAUGAGGAUGAGUUUGUGAACGCUCCAAAUGAAGUAUCAGAUAACAUAACUGCUGAAGAAGCAAUUGCAGCCGAGCCAGGUAAAUCGGAAGCAGAGCUUUGGACUAGAAACUCACCAUUGGCGGCCGAUCAUAUCGCAGCGGGAUCAUUUGAUAGCGCUAUGCAAUUGCUACAUCGUCAAGUCGGAGCUGUUAAUUUCGAGCCAUUGAAGCCAUUAUUUAUGGAAAUAUAUCAAUCUUCUAGAUUAUACGCUCCUGCAAAUGCCAAUCAAUCACCCUUCACUGUCUACUUGCGCCGUGAUCCAAGAACAACGGAUCCAAAGAGCUAUUUACCUGCCACAGGAACUUUAAGUCUGCAAUCCAUAGCUUCAAAUGAGCUCCAAGAAGGAUACAGAUUGUUUAAGGCUGGUAAAUUUGUGGAAUCAGCAGCUGCAUUCAAGAGUAUUUUGAUUCAACUCUUGUUGGUUUCAGUUUCGAGCCAAGAAGAAACAAAUGAUAUCCGUGAUAUAAUCAACGUUUCACGUGAAUACUUGAUUGGACUCACACUUGAAAUUGAGAGGAGAAGAUUAGUUGCAGAGGAGCCAAACAAUGUGAAGCGCAUACUUGAAUUAGCAGCAUACUUUGCUGAAUGUGAAUUACAACCAGCACAUUCACAAUUAGCGCUUAGAUCUGCAGCUAAUUCAUUUGAGAAAGCUGGUAACACAAUUACAGCUGGAUAUUUUGCAAAAAAGUUACUUGACUUAUCACCAACAGCAGCUAAUGUAGUUGCAAAAGCUAAGAGUCAAGUUAAUGGUGCUGAUCGUAAUCCACGCUCUACGAUCCAAGUAGACUUUGACGACAAGGUUCAUUUCCGCGUUUGUCCUGCUUCACUCACUCCUGUUCAUCAAGAUGAGGAUGUUGUUGAGGAUGCUUACACUGGUGCUGUCUAUCACGCCAAUUAUAGCGGCUCACUUUGUGCGUUGACGGGUGUAAAUAAGGUUGGUGCGCAAUGUACUGGUUUGCGUUCAAUUGUUUAA